UAUCCCCAGUUCACAAUCUGAAUCCAAUACUCAGUUAUAUUCUUUGUUUCUAGAGAAAGUUUUCAAGAAUGUCAGGAAGAGGAAAAGGAGGAAAGGGAUUGGGAAAAGGAGGAGCGAAGAGACACAGGAAAGUUCUGAGAGACAACAUCCAAGGAAUCACCAAGCCUGCGAUCAGGCGUCUUGCUCGCAGAGGAGGUGUGAAGCGAAUCAGCGGUUUGAUCUACGAAGAAACGAGAGGAGUUUUGAAGAUCUUUCUCGAGAAUGUGAUCAGAGACGCCGUGACUUACACUGAGCACGCGAGGAGGAAGACGGUGACGGCGAUGGAUGUGGUUUAUGCUUUGAAGAGACAAGGACGUACUCUUUACGGAUUCGGUGGUUGAAUCGUUUUUUUCUAUUGUAUUUUUCUGGGUUGUGUUGUUGGUACUGAUUAAGUCUUGCGAUCAAGAAAUCUAGGAUUAAUUGAAGUGUUGUAACGAAGUUUUUCUCUUUAUGGGUUAAUGAAAAUAUGAUUAAUCAGA